UGGUAAAACUAAAUAAUACAGUGGUCAGAAAAUGAUUUUUAACUGAGAAUGCAAUUUGAGAAAUUGUAAAAUCAUGAUGUUUUUAAAAAAUAUGAAAGUGGCCACAUUUUAUGGGAAAAGAAUUAUUUUAUCACAGAAUAGUUUACUGAAAACACCGAAACGUAAUGGUUAUUUGAUACUUGUUCCAGAAAUUGGAGAAGAUUUGCCAGGAAAAUAUCCUUUACUAAAAGAAGAUAGAACUCCGGAAUUUACAAAUGUUACAAUAGAAAAAUGUGUUGCUGUUAUUGGAAGGCAAACAUUAGAAUUGGAAGAAAAAGUUAAAUCUUUAGCAAAAGAUAUAGAAAAUGUUAAUGACAUUAGUCCAGAAAAUCUGUUUAAAAAUGUAUUGGAUCCUUUGGAAGAUAUGUCUAACUCUUUGUCUAUCACAUGGGGCAUUGCAAAAACAUUAUAUGUUGGAAAUCAGAGUGUAAUGCCCACACAAUGUUAUAUAACUAUUGAUAGGCGUGCUAAAAGAGCUGAUGCUUUUAAAUACGUCAGUAAACCAAUAUAUCAAGCAUGUAAAAAUGUCCUUAAUAACAGCGAAAAUAAAUUAACUGUUGAACAAAGAAGAGUUUUAACAAAAUAUGUAUUGGAAGGAAAAUUGAAUGCAUUAGAAUUAUCUGGAAAGAAAUCACAACAAUUUACAGCAUUGAAAUUGUGGUUACUUGAAACAUUAGAGAAAUAUUCACAAAAAGUAGAGGUAGCUACAAAUAAUCUUUCUUUUAUAUUAAGAGAUCCUGCAGAUGUAAGAGGUUUUCCUGAAGACUUAUUAAAAGCUUUGGCACAAGAUUCUACACAAUAUCUUACUGGACCAUGGAUAAUUCGUUUAACUCCUAAUAUUGUAGAACCACUUCUGGAGUACUGCCCUAAUCGUACAUUCAGAUGGAAGAUUUGGGAUACAAAUGUUAUCAAAGCAUCUUUAUUACAUGAUAAAUCAGUACAAACAAGUACAACAUUAGAAGAUAUUAGACAAAAAAGAAAUCAAGAAGCUGAAUUAUUGGGAUAUAAGUCAUUUGUCGAUUUAAGUAUAGAAACUAAAAUGGCAACUAGUGUACAAGAAAUUUACAAUGUAUUCAAUAAUUUACUAGCUACAGCUCGUCCUGUUCAGGAAUAUGAAAUUAAAGAACUUCAAAUGUUUGCAAGUGAAGAAGGUCUUGAAGGUGAACUUCAACAUUGGGAUAUAGCAUUUUGGGGUAGACAACAUCUACGUUCUAUACAUGGAUACAAGGAAGAGGAUUUUACUAAUUAUUUCUCUCUACCACAAGUACUGAAUAGUUUGUUUGAACUAACUGAAAUAUUAUUUGAUGUAAAAAUAAUGGAAGCAAAAAAGCCAGAUGUUUGGCAUAAGGAUGUUCAAUUUUUUGAUGUCUUUGAUUUAAAACAAUCAACUACUGAUCCAAUAGCUAAUUUUUAUUUAGAUCUUUAUGCAAGAGGGUAUGAAAAAGUCAGAGUGUCACAGGAUACUGGAUAUAUAGUACCAAUACAACACAGAAGUAAAAUAAGUGACAUAAAACCAUUAAUUGCAUUAAUAUUUAAUUUCCAACCACCUAUUGGCGCGAAACCUUCUUUGCUUUCAUUCAAAGAUCUUCAGACUCUAUUUCGAAAGUUUGGGCAUUUAUUACCAUAUAUAUUAACAAAGGCAGAAUGUUCACUUAUUGCUGGACUUUCAUUUGUGGAAUGGGAUGCAGCAUUUAUAUGUGAUCAUUUUUUUGAAAAUUGGUUAUAUGAACCAUUAUUUCUACAAAAAAUUUCAUGUCAUCAAGAUACAGGAGAAUCAUUAUCACCAGACAUGAUUGAAAAGUUGAUAAAGGCAAAGAUGAACUUAAGUGGUUAUAAUUUAUGUAAAGAGCUCUACUUAUCACAAUUUGAUUUAGAAUUAUAUUCUGGCAAAGAAUUUUGGAAUAAUAUAAUGGGUCGUUUAUGGAAAAAAUAUUUUGUACUGCCUGCAUAUAAAAGAGAUUGUCACAUUUGUUCUUUUGUACCUAUAUUUAGUGGAAGUUGGCCAGCUGCUUAUUAUAGCAAUAUUUGGUCAAAAAUGAUUGCUGCUGAUUUAUACAGUGUUUUUCAAAAUGUCUCUUACAAGGAUAAAACAUCGUUAAAGGAACUCGGAAGUAGAUAUCGCGAAUCAUUUUUAUGUAGAUCUGGUAUAUAUCCUGCACGCGAGAACUUUAGAAAGUUUGUCGGAAGAGAUCCUAAUCCAAAAGCACUUCUAAAAAAUCUGAGAUUAGAUAUAAAAUAUAAUAUGCUUAAAAUUAACAGUGAAACCAACCAAGAAAUCUAA